AUGGAAAAUGGGAAAAUAACCGUUUACUGUAACCCGACGUACCUGAACGGCUCUACGGGGACAUUCUCCAGCCCGAACUACCCCAACAAGGAGUACCCCCGGGACCUGGACUGCACCUGGACCAUCACCGUGCACAUCGAGAAGAAGAUAAAAGUGACGUUUGACGUCUUCGAUGUCGAGUAUCACGACAACUGCGCGUACGACCACGUCAUUCUGGAAGAAAAUGGAGAACCAAUCAGCUUACCGGAUUUGGGACCUACGGAAAUAGAUGGUGAACCCGAAGAUUAUCCCGAUGUAGAUUUGGUCAAAAGGACUCAAGAUGGUGGAAAGUUCUGCGGUACGCUACCUGGCGACACGACAAUGAGGGGGAACUACACGUCUGUGAGCAACGUCAUGACCGUGAGGUUUAGGUCCGACACUUGGGUCUCCAAAACGGGAUUCAGCGCAACCUACUCCGCCAUAGACAAAGUGCCGGCGGUCUGCACGAACGUGGAGAAGCUGUGUGACGACCUGCUGGGGUGUGUCGCUCUUGCCAAGAUCUGCGACGGCUCCGAUGAUUGCCAGGAUAAGAGCGACGAGAGAAAUUGUGAAUGCGUUGAGAUUCCUACAGAGCUGGGCAUCUGCAAGGGUGCCAUCGACUACGGCAACAUGGUCUACCCUAACCUGUAUGGGCACCAGAACAAGAUGGCUCUCCUGGACUCCGACACCUUCGCCGAGCUGCAGUCCAUCCAGAACAACACGUGUCACGCGGACGUGUUCGCCAUGGUCUGCUCCAUGCUUGCUCCCAAGUGCGUGGAGGAAGUGGGGACAGGCAACGCCAGGAGGGGCGAGAUCAAACCACCGUGCAGGACGUGGUGCCCAGAGAUCAGCACCAGCUGUGCGGAUGCGAACCUGUUUCCUGAUGAGAUCUGUGGGACCCUGCCGUUCUCUGCAGACUGCUUCAUCAACCGCGCUGAUGACGUCACCAGCCCCCCACAGUCACCAACAGGACAAGGCGGCGGCUGUGGAGGCCUCCUGCCUCCCAAUACGGGAACCUUCAGUACGCCAAACUUCGGGAGUGGACACUACAGCGUCAACACCGACUGUGUCUGGUCCCUCCGCGUGAACCCUGGCUUAGUCCCACGGAUCACCUUCAACACCUUCAAGCUGGAGGCGGGGCCCUCUCCCGGGGACUGUCCGUUUGACUACGUCAGGGUCUUUGACGGAGAAUGGCCGGGCGGGAAGUUCAAAAGCGCCACGAAUAAGUUGUGUGGUGAGGUCCCGCCCGGAACCAACGUGACAACUGACAGCUACAUCCUGACCAUCAUCUUCUCCAGUGACAAGGGAGGGACCGAGGAGGGCUUCCUUGCCUCCUACACCACCGAUGACCGAGGUACCCUGACGUGUGGUGUCGGUGAGAAGUUGUGCGGGGACGGCGCCUUGUGUGUGUCCAUGGCCCGCCGCUGUGACGGCAGGUUCGACUGUUGGGAUAAAAGUGACGAGAGGGACUGCGAAUGCGAUCCUCUGGAAGGGGAGCUGCAGACGCUGUGUGAGAGUAGGGACGAGUCCGCCAACUUCAUGACCUUCCCUAACCUCAUCGGACAUGUCAGCUCCAGCAGUCUGACUGCUUCUCCGGAGUUCAAUGUGUAA